GAGAGCCUGUGGGGCGCCGCUUCGCACUGACUCUUCACCCGGGCUGAGCGCACACGACGCAGAGAUGUGGAACAGCUGUGAUCGGAGGCUUUUCGGAGGAGAGAGGAAGAUGCUGCUGAUGCUGAGGAUGAAGCUUAGGCUGCUGCUGCCGCGCUCCGCCGGCUGCAGCGGGUCUCUGUAGUCAGGAGUCGGCACGGAGCCUCAACACCGCCUGCAUACACCGGUUCACUCACGCUGACCUGGACCAUGAGCGAUGAUUCGCCUGUUCUGACAAGUCUGACUGACAACUCCACUGACGUACCCGUGUCUGCGGGCCAGGUGGAGAACUAUGUGCUGCUGUUGGUGCUGCUGAGUGUUUUCGCCGGGGGGACGCUGGUGCUGCUCUCCCUGCUGCUCCUCUUCUGUCACCGCUGCUGCAUGGGGGGGCGACGCUACUCCAGAGCCAGUGAUGACCUCGAGAAGACAAACACCACGUAUGCUGAGGACUCUCAGCCCACCCAAGAGAUCACCAUUCAUCUGGAUGAAUCAGAUGCUCUCUCAGCUUCAAGCUGUCACGAUGGAGAGUCAGAGCGGUUCGUCUCCACCGGGUCCACUGGCCGCAGAGUCUCCUUCAAUGAAUCUGCACUUUACGAACAGGAGAAGACGACUCAGGAUAAAGGACGCAGAUACACUUUGACAGAGGGAGACUUCCACCACCUGAAAAAGGCCCGGCUGACUCACCUCCACCUGCCUCCGGCUCCGUGUGAUUUAAAGAUCCUCACCAUAAUGGAGUGUGACUCAACAGAGAGCAGCACGGUCAACAUAAGUGAGGCUACUGCUCCCAAACUGCCCCUCACCAUCUAUCAGCCCACUGACAGAAGAGUCCCAGACUGGAAGGGCCACAGUCUGAGCGGGGGUCUUCCAGGAGACCCGCAUCACUCAACCAUCCUGGACCAGGGCCUAAGACCAGCAUUAACAGCCCUGAAAUCACAACACACACGCUCCCAGACUAUGGAGGCCGUUGGGGACAGAGGAGAGGCUGACGGAGAGAGAAGGAUAAGAGGAGAGUUGAGUCAAGCUCUGAGCCAGAGUUCAGUUCUACAUUUCUUCUCUAAACUGCGGCGUCAUGCCAGUCUGGAGGGGGCAGGACCUUACUUCAGGAGGUGGAAGUUUGACAGCAGCCACCGGGCUGCCAGCUUGGAUGCUAAAGGAUCUCCAAAGAGAAAGCCCUUUCAGAGACAGAGGGCAGCGAGUGAAACCACUGAUCACACUGAAGACGACUCUCCUCUACGAGAUGAUGUUGUUCAAUCUUUCCCACAAACUCUCAGCCAGACAAGCAGCCUUCAGGCACUCUCUGCAGAGUCUCUAUCUCACCCCGUCAAUGCACCCUCAUCCUCGGUUUUCCUCAGCAGCCUACAGUUGGAGGCCAUGGAGGAGGUAAGUGGUAGCAGCAGUGCCAGAAGAGAGGAUCUCUGUUUGCCAACAAAUGAUUGUCAAAUCCAGAGGCAAGAGGAAGCCACAGAGAAUGGAACGGGAACAGAAAAGGAAACAAAGUUUGGUGCAGGAAUAAGAACAGAAGCAGCAGAAGUCGAGGGAGAAUCUGCUGAGGAAGACGACUUGUUUGGGGAACAACAGGACGCCGCCAUACAGGAGAGGUUUGAAGACCUGCUGAGUAAAGCUGCUGACGUGAGAACAGACAAUGUGACAUCAGAUUUGAGGAAUAAGAGCGAGGUGGAAAUAGAUAAUGGAGAUGAACUGGUUUUGGGUGCUGAAGCCAGAUGUCGAACUGACUCUGGCUCAUCUCUUACCUUCAUGAUUCGCCAAGAGAGUUCGGAAGCACCUCCGUCCCUGUACAGAGACAUUUGGAGUUUGCGAGCCUCUCUGGAGCAAUAUGCCUCAUCGGACCAGAGCAGCACAGAUAGAGAGUCCAUCCGUAGUGAUGCUGACAGUGUUUCAUCCCUUGGUGCAGGAGCUCGCUCUGGACUGGACAGCUGCUUGUCCCAAGACCUGGAUGAUGAGCCCGAAGGAGAAGGGGAGGGAGAGGGCUUAGAGGGAGUAGGCAGAGGGGCAUCAGGUGGGGAAAGUGAGAUGGGAAGUGGAGCUGGAGGGGAAGGGGAGGCUAGCAACCGUAAGCUCCUCCAGAUGGACAGUGGUUAUGCCUCUAUUGAAGCACCAUCAAAAGCCCCCGAGGAGAUGAGACUCUUUGGGACUCCUGGGGCUCCUCGUGGAAAGACUGCAUCUGAAAGAAGGUUGUUCUUCACCAGCUCAGGGAGAAAAGGUUCAGUGUGUGAGAGCAUUGAGGCCCGGCUGUUUCAGGAGGAGCUGGAAGAUGAGAUGGCUGACAGCACCGAUACAGAGAAGAAACUCAAGGACAGAUCUCAAACUGGCAGUCACUCUCUGAUCCUUCAUGAACCAUAUCAACUUCUAAAGUCCCUCCAUCCUCAGAAACCUACAGAAUCUCAACCACAGCAUAUGUCUCCACUGAUGAAACCAAUCCAGCAGCCCUGUAGUCCGCACAAACCUCGUUUCCGCCGUCGUGAUUACAGCAUCGAUGAGAAGACAGACGCUCUUUUCAACGAGUUCCUACGUCACGAUCCAAGGUUUGACCAGCAGGAUUCUCCGCUGCGCACCAGGCAUAGAUCCAGAGUUCACCUCCGAAAGCAGUGGCAGAGACACAAGCAAUACAGUGACCCAGGGUCCAGUGCUGGGGGGAGGUACUCCCCAUCUCUGGAGAGACAGAGAUUCACCCCGCUGCGGAGAGGUGACAGCGCAGGAUACCCUCUGGACACCAGGUACCACAGCACACUAUCACGCAUCGCAAGUGCAGCUGAUGAAGAGGCCAACGAGGUAGCAGCUUGUGAGGAAGCAGCCAAAGAGAGCGCAGAGAACAAAGAUCCAUCAAGUGAAGGAGCCACGGGGGACACCACAGAGAGUACAGCCAGCUCAACCUCAGAAGGUGCUGAUGCAACAAAGAGUUGUGCAGAGUCGAGAGGUGACGCUGAAGGCACCACAAAAAAAGAGGCAGAAAGCACAACAAGCCAGUCUCUGACCACUGUGACGACACAGAAGAGGUACAUGGAUCCAAGGAUUGACAACAGAAACAACAACAGCAGUCAGGCGAUCCUGUCAGAGGUUUCCCUGCAGCCAGAGAGCAGCCUGACGGACAAGCUGGUUGUGGCAGUGGAGGAGAGGCUCUAUGGGGACUUGCGUACUGCUGAUAAACUCAGCCAGGGAGGAACUGGGGGUGUUCUUACUGUGUCCAACACAGCAUCACCUGGCUUUAACCCCACAUAACCUGCUUACAAUCUUCAUCAACCUCAUUUCAAGUCUGUUUAGAGACAAGCCUUGAACAAAGUUGUCUUUUAGCACUUAAAACACCUUGUUAGGCUUGGUCAGUUUUGGCACCACUUACAUUUGGACCAAUCUGAUACACAUGCUCUCACAACUGAUCCAUCAAGACAAAAACACACUUUAAAAGACAGACCUAUCUUCUCUGUUCAGCAUUUCCGUUCAGACUUUGGUUUCCAUCGCAAAGCAAUGCAACAUCCCCAUUUUCUUGCAGGUAACUCUUCUACAACUCAGAUGCAUUUAUUCAAUAGCCAUACAAAUACAGGCCCAUCUUUAGAGGAAAAACACCAAUAUUUCCCAUUUAACUGUGAAUUUUCAGCAUGCUAUUCUGUGUCCAAACAAUGUUUAUGUGAAUAGUGUACAGAUUUAAGCUUAAAACAUGAAGCACUUUGAUGGGAAGAACAAUAAUGAUGGGAGUUUCUGGCAUUUCUCUUAUUUUCAAACCAUAUCCUCCUCAAGUGUCCUUGUCUUGAUCAACAUAACAGUAUUGUCUCCAUAAAAAACUGGUGUUUUUUAUGGCAAUUUGAAUUCCAUAUCAUUUAUUUACCAGAUUUAUCUCUUUAAACAGUAUCAGUAGAUGUGGAGAACUUCUGCACACAAUUUCUGUGUGACUGCUGACAAAGAAGAGAAAAUAAAUGCAUAAAGAAUUUUUAUACUCUUAUUUCAUCUAUUUUUAUAGUUUUUUUUUUUUUGGCUAAAUGUCCUCAUUAGUCAUCGUUUAAGAGGCGUUCAGAAACUUCAGUGGGCUCAAGCUGAGUGAUUUGUAUCUCUGUGGGACUGCUGAUAGAUUAUACUUAAAAGCACUGACACAGGAGCCUCUCAGGCAUUUUUUUUUUUUUUUUAACACAGAUGGUCCAGGGACAGAGUCGAUGAUGUGAAUGCGGAGGUUGAAACUGAUAGCAGAAGCACUGUCUGUUCUUAAAACUGAGCAGGACAUACUCUGUAAUAAUUAAGUAAGGUACCUAAACAUAUUUUUCUUUAUGUAAACAAAUGGCUUUGAAAAACAAACACUAUGAAACAUUAAAAGUUGGACAAAAUGCCACUAUUUGCUCAUCUUGAUGACAGUUCCUUCAUUGCUAGGCGCUGUGACCUCAGUUUAUUUUGAGUGAUUCCCACAUCACUCGCUGUGCUGCAGUAAACAGAACAAAAAUCUGUGUUAAUCCACAGCUGGAAAUAGUUCCCCACAAAUGUACCUCUUAUUCAUGUUCAAACAAUAAUGCCCAGUAUUUUUAAGCACAUAUUUGUGACCCAUUUCUGAGGAUUUGUUUGGGCCUCAGGCUGAAAACAGUAAAAAUGAGGAAGCUAGAGAAUGUCAAAGAACAUAGUAAUGACACACCCACACUUUAUAAGAUUUGUUAUAUAAGUGGGAAAUUGUCUAUUUACAUCUUUACAUAAUACUCUGAAGGCAACUAUUAUUUUACAUAUUAAUCACUCUGUCUUCAUGUCAAAGUUCAUCUCUUCAACAUGAGAGUAUUGCUGCAUGUUGUAUGAUGAAGAAUGUCUCAUGGGAAUACAGAAAAGGUACAGCUUGUUCCUUUAUCUAUCAAACACAUGGUUUUGAGCUACAGUAUCUUAUGAAACUCGUGUCUUUGUACUCAUUUAUGUUGAACCAUCUGCUUUAUUAUGACUCAAACGAUUGAUGCAGAGAAUUUGUCUUGCAGCCAAUACAAAGGCUAGACUUCGUGGGACCAACUGAGGCAAAUAUUGUUUUUGGACUGAAGAUUUUUCUGAAUAAAAACAGAAAAAAAAAUGUUACCUAUUCAUGUGAGUCAUGUAAUUUGUUCGAUGGCAUACUGUGUGACUAACAUACAAAUAUUGUCAAAGAAAACGGAGAUCAAAAGUUAUUCUCGCUUACUUAUCAUACCGCUGGAAAAUUUUUCAUCCUCACCGUGCGUCUCGUUGAAGGGGGAGCCUCUCUUUUUCGACCUUGCUGACGUGCUAAGCGCUGCUUUCUCUCCCUCCCUCAGAGUUGUGACUCACCUGCUCUCUGAUCUAUUCCCACUGAGGGGCUGAUGAUGAUGAUGGGCCUGGGUGCGUAAGAGGGGGGCAGGGCUCCCGCUGAUGUGAUCUGCACAACAAAGAGCAUCACUGGAAAACAAGCGACUGGGUGAUAGUGACGAUGCGACGCCUGCAGUUGAGCGGCA